AUGCUAGGCGGUGGGCCUUCCGGCGACCGCAUCGGCUUCCAAACAUGCAAUGGUCCAGGAGCAAUCACAGAAUAUGUCGUAGGAGGUGCAGGUGUCUACGUCUGGGUCUUCUCCGGGUUCUCCUUUUACUUCGGCCCUGAGCUCAUCAUCACCACCAGCGGCAAGAUGUACCACCCACAUACAAACCUGCCCAUCAUUAGUCGCCGCUUCGUAUACCGCCUGGCAUUCUUCUACGUCUUUGGUGCCCUGGCCAUAGGCGUCAUUUGCCGCUCCGAUGCAGAGGGUCUCACUUCCGGCGCCGGGAACGCGAAAGCCAGUCCUUGGGUCAUCGCGAUCUGUAACGCUGGCAUCUCAGCCCUUCCAUCCAUCGUCAACUGCGGUAUUCUGACCAAUGCAUGGUCAGCCGGCAACUCCUUCCUCCACAUGUCAAGUCGCAGUCUCUACUUCGCAGCACUCGUCGGCAACGCCCCCGAAAUCUUCACCCGCUGCAACUCCUACGGCCUCCCCAUCUACGCCGUCAUUGCCACAUCGCUCUUCUCUCUGCUCGCCUACCUAAGCGUCUCCUCAGCGGGAACAGUCUUCAACUGGAUCAUCAGCCUGACCAACACAGUCGGUUACACAGGUUGA